AAAUAGGCUGUUUGGUUUGAAAGGUAUUCUUGGAGGUCUUUUAACAGUACAAAAAAUGUUAUUGAAAGCUGUGUUACUCUUGGUGGGGUGGACUUGUAUGGUGAGUCCUUUUCCUUAUAUGCUUGAUGACGCUGCAUCUGAUGACUCAUGGCCUGAUCUGGAGGAAUCCUCGCCAAAAUACAAGGCUCAGACUCCAGUAAACCCAACUCUUCAUACUCCGUGUCCACCCUUGAAAUUACCACAAUUUCAGCAAAUCCGCUCUUCAGAUGUCCAUAAGCUUAUUUUUAAACCUGCAAGAAACCUUAGACCGGUACCUGCUUUGAUGAAGUCUAUAUUGCUGCCAUCACCUACUCCUGCCACAGCAGCUCCCUUGCCUUCUAAACCAAGACGUAUAGAGCUUUUGUGCCACAUUGACCGGAUUUAUGUGAGGGUUCGGAAGAGUCUCUUUACCAAUCCAGAUGCUGGGAAAUAUCUCAAAGUGGGAACAUGUACUGUGAAUACGGAUACAGCUGAGUAUUACUACUUCCUAUAUCCCAUCAACAGCUGCAAUGUACAACGUCAUGAAAAUGAGAACCAUGUUCUCUAUUCAAACGUGUUGUCCUAUGAGCCUCUGACCGAUGAACCAGUUAUUCGUGAGCUACCAUUUUCUGUGCCACUGGAGUGUCGUUACAACAAGCAUUUCCGCUCCUAUAAUGUUGGCUAUCAUCCUCAAGUGGAAGCAGGGACUAUCUUCUUGAACUUACAAGGUGGAGUCUCCCUCACACCUGUAGAUGAGAAUUGGAAGCGCCUAGCUAGUUGGCAGACCUAUAUGAUUGGCCAGCCCAUGUACUUUGAGGCCAUAACUCCCCAUGGUCAUGCUGGAAUGAGGCUGUACUUAAGCAAGUGCUACAUCACUGCUUCUCAGAACCCUGAUACUACACCUAAAUACACUGUGAUGGAUAACUAUGGAUGCAUGGUGGAUGGUAAGAACACUCCUCAAAGCAAGUUUUACCCUAGUGAGGACAAGGCAACAUUAAGGUUCUCUGUGGGAGCCCUUAUGUUUAAGGACAUGGUCUCUGAUCCUACUGAAAAGAAGGUAACUGCAACAUGUGAAGCUGACCCUGUCAACAUCCUGGAAAUGUUCAUUCAUUGUGAGAUGUUCCUGGGACCAGAAUUACCAACUUCAGGAACAAAAUCAUGUUCCUACAUGGCAGAUGCACAAGGGUGGUCAGAGUUGUAUGGAAAUGACUUGGUUUGUGCUUGCUGUGACACUUCCUGUCCUGCCCCAGAUCCCUCAGUGACUCUGAAGAUUAUCUCCAGUGGUGCCUGGGGGGUUAAGGGUGACCAACCCAUGCAAUCAAGGGAGGAAGUCCUGAAUUAUCCAGAGUUGGAGCUCUUCUGGGACGAAGCUGAUGAAACAAGAGCUUAAAGAAUGAUCUGUUGCUACACAUUGCAUAAAGUCUGACUGUAAAUAAAUAAAUAAAUAAAUA